AUGUUUCAGGAACUGGGAAUGAAUAAACUUUUACCAAAGAAAGAUCCAUUGCCAUCUGACCUCUACAUGGUUUGCUAUACUAGUGGAAGCACCGGAUUACCUAAAGGAGUUAUGGUUAACCAUGAACAGAUUGUGGAUGCUGUAUUUUCCAUACUAGAAGCUUCAGAAAACAAGCUCAUCAAAUCCAAUUCAAGUCAUCUUUCAUAUCUCCCAUUGGCGCAUAUGAUGGAACAAAUACUCUCGUCCUAUUAUAUUAUGAUGGGAGCCCGUCUGGGAUUUCUAACUGAUUCUAUUGAUAAUUUGGUGGUAGACGCACAAGCUUUGAAACCAGGUGUGAUAACAGCAGUUCCACGAAUACUUUCUAGUAUUUACACUAAAUAUCAGAAAUCAUUGGAUGAUUCCAAAAUCAAAAGACAACUUUACAAUCGGAUUGUGAAGAUUAAAAUGGUUGAACAAAAACGUGGAAAAUUCUAUCAUAAUAGUAUCUUGGAUACGUUAUGCUUUAAGAAACUUAGGAAGUUAUUAGGCGGACGUGUAUAUUGUGUUGUCAGCGGAGGCGCUCCAUUACCAACGGAGAUAUCAAAGUUUGUACAUGCUGCAUUUGGCUUGCUUGCUGAGGGGUAUGGAUCAACAGAAACAAUGGGGAGUAUAACUAUUACUUUACUUGGAGAGUACCGUCUAGGUACCGUAGGUUCUGUCGCACAUGGUGUAGAAGUGAAACUUGUUGAUGUAAAAGAUCUGGGUUUAGAUGCACUGCGAGAUCAAAGAGGAGAAAUCUGCGUGAAAGGCAAACGAUGCACAAAAGGCUAUUACAAAGAACCAGAAAAAUCCGCCGAACUUAUUGACAAUGAAGGAUGGUUACAUACUGGGGAUAUCGGUGAAUGGACACUAGAGGGUUCGUUGAAAAUUGUGGACCGUCUAAAAAGCAUAUUCAAAUUGGCUCAAGGUGAAUACGUUGCACCGGAAAGAGUGGAAAUGGUUUAUAAAUGCUGUAAAUUAGUAAGCCAAAUUUUUGUGGACGGUAAUAGUAAACAAAAUUACCCUGUUGCUAUCGUGGUUCCCGAUUUUACCGAGUUACGUUCUUGUUUAAACAACUCAGGAGUACUACAUUGCUCAAAACUUUCGGAUCAUGAACUUUCCCAGAACAAAGUUGUAAAUAAAUUUGUCCUAGAACGGAUGAAUGCUGUCGCUGAUGAAAAUAUGCUGAAAAGUUUUGAAAAGGUUCAGGCCAUUUAUUUGACAGAUCAGGCAUUUAACGCUGAUAAUGGGUUGCUAACCCCAACGAUGAAAUUAGCACGUAUCAAAGCUCGAAGUUACUUUUCAAAGAUAAUAGAUAGUUUAUACCCUCAAUCUUAG